UAGACGACGUCAUUUCCGUUGAGGCUCUUUCAUAAAGACUUGGGCGGCCAGUCCCAGCGUCUCGAGUUGGAGCGUUUUGCAUUUUUGGGGUUCUCGGAAUCUGGGGUCAAUCAGAGCCAUCUAAACCGCAAACAUGACUGUGGGCAAGAGCAGCAAGAUGCUGCAGCACAUCGACUUCCGCAUGAGGUGCAUCCUGCAGGACGGCCGCAUCUUCAUCGGCACCUUCAAGGCCUUCGACAAGCACAUGAACCUCAUCCUAUGCGACUGUGACGAAUUCCGCAAGAUCAAGCCCAAGAACUCCAAGCAGCCCGAGAGGGAGGAGAAGCGUGUCCUGGGCUUGGUCCUGCUGAGAGGGGAGAACCUGGUCUCCAUGACUGUGGAGGGCCCGCCGCCCAAAGACACAGGCAUCGCCCGCGUCCCUCUGGCAGGCGUGGCCGGCGGCCCCGGUGUGGGACGGGCGGCGGGCCGCGGCGUCCCGGCUGGUGCACCGAUGCCCCAGGCCCCCGCCGGGCUUGCGGGACCAGUCAGAGGAGUUGGUGGUCCUUCGCAGCAGGUGAUGACGCCACAGGGCCGAGGGACAGUUGCCGCCGCUGCUGUAGGCGCUAGCAUUGCGGGGGCGCCCACGCAGUAUCCGCCCGGACGAGGUGCCCCGCCUCCGAUGGGGCGCGGGGCCCCGCCUCCUGGUAUGAUGGGUCCUCCCCCUGGCAUGCGGCCCCCGAUGGGUCCUCCCAUGGGCAUGCCCCCGGGCAGAGGGGCUCCCAUGGGCAUGCCUCCCCCGGGCAUGAGGCCGCCUCCCCCCGGCAUGAGAGGACCACCCCCUCCCGGCCUGAGACCGCCCCCACGUCCUUAAAAGAUGCAUGCUGUACAAUGUUCCUGUUUUCUUGCUGGUUUUGACUCUUAAGGUUUUUUUAAAUUAUUUUUAAUAAAGGUGAACGUUCUCUCCAUGA